AUGACUUCUUCCUCAGAUCUUGAAAACCCACUCGCCGCCUCCGCCCUUCCCCACUCUUACGCCCCAUUGCCCGACGGUGAACAACCUGCCGGAAAUAACCCCACCAUUCGCCGCCCCAGAAAAGCAGCGCUCUUUCUGGUGUCUGCGUUCUUGGUUCUUCUCUUUGUAGUGGCCUUGAUCGCCGGAAACGGGCCUGUACAACGCAAAGACUUGAACACCGAGGUAUCUCUGACCGCACCAGAGAAGGUAACGCCGUUGUUGUCACGUGGAGUGGAGAAAGGUGUGUCGGAGAAAUCGUUUCAUCCGUUGUUGGGUGCCGACGAUAAUUCGUAUCCAUGGAGCUCGAACAUGUUGGAUUGGCAAAGAACUGCUUUUCACUUUCAACCCAAGAAAAACUGGAUGAACGAUCCUAAUGGUCCAGUUUUCUACAAUGGAUGGUACCACCUGUUUUACCAAUAUCAUCCGGAUGCUCCUGUGUGGGGCAAAAUUGUGUGGGGUCACGCCGUCUCCAAGGACUUAAUUAACUGGCGCCACCUGCCCAUCGCCAUGGAAACCGACCAAUGGUAUGAUGAGGAAGGCGUGUGGACCGGUUCUGCCACCAUCCUUCCCGAUGGUCAACUCGUCGUUCUUUACACCGGAUCCACCAACGAAUCCGUCCAGGUCCAAAACCUAGCAUAUCCCGCCGACCCAUCCGACCCGCUUCUAGUCAAGUGGGUUAAAUACCCUGGAAACCCCGUGUUAGUCCCACCACCCGGUAUCGACAGCAAGGACUUUCGUGACCCUACAACCGCAUGGAAGACCCCUGAGGGAAAGUGGCGGAUCACAAUCGGGUCUAAGAUCAACAAAACGGGUAUUUCGCUGGUUUACGACACUGAAGAUUUCAAAACUUUUGAGCUCUUGGACGGGUUGCUCCAUGCCGUCCCGGGUACGGGUAUGUGGGAAUGUGUCGACUUUUACCCGGUUUCAAAACAGAACGAAAACGGUCUUGAUACGUCUGUAGAUGGGCCCGGUGUGAAACAUGUGGUGAAAGCCAGCAUGGAUGAUGACCGAAAUGACUAUUAUGCCAUCGGUACUUAUGAUGCGCAUAAGGGAAAAUGGACCCCGGACAAUCCCACAUUGGAUGUCGGGAUUGGGUUGCGAUACGAUUACGGAAUAUAUUAUGCCUCGAAAACAUUUUACGACCAAAACAAACAAAGAAGAGUUUUGUGGAGUUGGAUCAAGGAAACCGACACCGAAGCCUCCGACAUCAAUAAGGGUUGGGCUUCUCUCAUGGGGGUUCCGAGAACAGUUGUGCUGGAUAAGAAAACUCAAAGCAAUAUAAUUCAAUGGCCGGUUGAAGAAAUCAAUAGAUUGAGAACAAAUGUUACGGUUUUCAAGGAUGUUGUAGUAGAAGCCGGCUCGAUUGUGCCACUCAACCUACCCGCGGCGUCUCAGUUGGAUAUUGUGGCUGAGUUUGAAAUUGAUGAAAAGACGGUGAAUCGAUUGAAUGGAGAUGAUGUUGGAUACGAUUGUGUGAAAAACGGUGGAGGUGCACAAAGAGGUGCAUUAGGGCCAUUUGGUUUUUCCGUGCUUGCGACCGAGGGGCUCAAGGAACACACCCCUGUGUAUUUCUACGUUGCCAAAGGCGUCGAUGGAAAUCUUCAAACUUUCUUUUGUGCUGAUCAAUCAAGGUCAUCUACUGCCAAUGAUGUGGACAAGUCGAUUUAUGGAAACAUAGUCCCGGUGCUUAAAGGUGAGAAAUUAUCGAUGAGAAUUUUGGUGGAUCAUUCGAUUGUUGAAAGUUUUGCACAGGAAGGACGCACAUGUAUUACUUCGCGUGUUUAUCCAACAAAAACAAUCAACGACAAUGCUCGAUUGUUCUUGUUCAACAAUGCUACCGCAACAAAAGUUACGGCCUCCGUCAACGUAUGGCAAAUGAAAUCCGCACACAUUUGAUCAUUUUUUAUUUAAUUAAUUGCUAAAGUGUAUUCUUGUUUUUAUGAGAGGGGAAAUAAUUAAAUCCCCCUAUUUUUUUUUAAAAUAUAUUAAUUAUUCUGGUUCCUUCAUUUUUACACAUGUAACUCAAGAACUUGAGAGAAAGGAGUCGUUUUGUAAAUUUCAUCCAGUAUAUUAAAUCCUUAUUUAUCGUUUAA